GUAAAGCCGCUCCGGGCCGCUCACCUGCUCCCGCCUCCCGAAGCCCUGGUCCGGCCCCUCCACCUGCCCCCUCCGCUGCCCGCCCCCUGAGCGGGCCCGCUCUGGGCAAGGAGCCGAGCCGGCGGGGAGGAGGAGAGGAUGCGGCCGGUGGCAGCUGUCCCGAGCAGCGCACGGUGAUCGCCUCCCCCGGAGGAGGAGGCGCCUAGACCGUUGCCACUUUUCUUGUUUUCCUCUCUCCCCCCCCUCCCCGCUCACUUCCCCGUAAUUACAUUGGCUGCUGGAGAGGACUGGGAGAGACGGAGGAGGCGCCUGGCUUCCUUCCGCGCGCCUGCCACCGCUGGUCGUUCCCGUCCCAGGCCAGGAUGACUGGAGUCUUUGACAGUCUGGUGGCUGAUAUGCACUCGACCCAGAUCACGGCCUCCAGCACGUACCACCAGCACCAGCAGCCCCCGAGCGGCGGCGGCGCCGGCCCCGGCGGCAGCAACGGCGGCAGCAGCAGUCUCCACAAGCCCCAGGAGUCGCCCACCCUUCCGGUAUCCACAGCUACCGAUAGCAGCUACUACACCAACCAGCAGCACUCAGCGGGCGGCGGCGGCGGCGGAGGCUCGCCCUACUCGCACAUGGGUUCCUAUCAGUACCACACCAGCAGCCUCAACAACGUCCCUUAUUCCGCCAAAGGCGGAUACGACCUGGGCUAUACCGCUGCCUACACCUCCUACGCGCCCUACGGGACCAGUUCGUCCCCUGCCAACAACGAGCCUGAGAAGGAGGACCUCGAGCCUGAAAUCCGGAUAGUGAACGGGAAGCCAAAGAAAGUCCGGAAACCCCGCACUAUUUACUCCAGUUUCCAACUGGCGGCUCUUCAGCGGCGCUUCCAAAAGACUCAGUACCUGGCCCUGCCCGAGCGAGCCGAGCUGGCGGCGUCCCUGGGCCUUACCCAGACUCAGGUCAAAAUCUGGUUCCAGAACCGCCGGUCCAAAUUCAAGAAGAUGUGGAAGAGCGGCGAGAUCCCCUCGGAGCAGCACCCCGGAGCCAGCGCGUCGCCACCCUGUGCUUCACCGCCCGUCUCGGCGCCGGCCUCCUGGGACUUCGGCGCGCCGCCGCGGAUGGGGGGCGGGGGCGGCCCGGGCAGCGGCGGCAGCGGCGCGGGCAGCUCGGGCUCCAGCCCCAGCAGCGCGGCCUCGGUUUUCCUGGGUAACUACCCGUGGUACCACCAGGCCUCCGGCUCCGCGUCCCACCUGCAGGCCGCCGCGCCGCUGCUGCACCCGACGCAGACCCCGCAGCCGCAUCACCACCACCACCAUCACCACGGCGGCGGGGGCGCCCCGGUGAGCGCGGGGACUAUUUUCUAACCCCACGGAGCCUGCACCAGAAACUGAGAAAGCAGAGACCAUUUAGCCUCGGAGCUAGGCCCCCAGAGCCAGAG